UCUACCGCUCGUUACUCUUUCGUUUCAGCACUCUCGUUUGUUCUGUUGGUAGACGCAGCUAUACAACCGCGCGCGAGGGCGCGUUGCUCUUCGCGCCGGUCCACUUACUUUACGGCCUUGUGAUCGAUGCUCAAUUAGUCUGGUUGCAUACAGCAAGCUUUUGCCACUACUACUUCUUGGUCUCUGCCCUCGCGUAUUUUGAGCCUGUCGAGGAUCACGACAUGGAGCCCUCGAGCUCGCGCGAGCCACCAUGGGCAGAGCAUGAAAAAGUCUAUUUGCUUGCUGAAAUACUAAAAGCAGCUCCAAUACCAUCUCAUGUUCUCUUCGGAAUCAUACGCGACACCAACAUCCAGCCACGAUGGAACGAUAUGGCUUUGCCUCCAGGCCGGUCUGUUCGUUCUAGUCAGAUCGCAUUCGACAGCCUCGCAGCGACCUACUCCGCGCCUGGGCAAGAGUACAGACGUCCCCAGCUACCUGCACCGAUGCUAUAUCCAGGACCGGACAUUACCAGAAAGCGACCACUUCAGCCAGAAGCUUCCACGCCUGUCGGCCGCUUACUACAACCUCGUCCCCCGCAUUCGUUCCCGGGAGAAUUCAUGCCUGCAGGCCCUGCCUACACAUCCACCAUAAACCCAUCUGGCGAGCCAGCGAACAAAAAGAAACGUGGAAGACCAACAAAAGCGGAGGCACAACAAAGAGCGCAAGAGGCUGCCGCGAGAGGAGAGGUAUAUCCACCACCUAGGAGGGGCAGGCAAUCUAUCACAGUACCACCUGGACCCUCACCACCCAGUUCGGACCCUCGGCCACACGAUCGAACACCACCACCAACAGCGCCUUCGCAGCAGGCUCCCGCAAUGACACCGCAACACCAAAUCGGGGUAGAACACGGGUCAGAGUCCUCAUCAGGCAAGAGAAGACGAACAAGGCCACAACCAUUGGAACUAGAAAAACAUCGCGCAACCAGCGAAAUGGAGUCUCCGCUCGCAUAUGGAUCAGGAGAUCCUAGCCGCAGCCAACAAUACUCAACAUACACACCCAUCUCUGCGCCCUUGCCAUCUUCCACAGAAUCCAGGGACAGAGAUGUGCGUAUGGAAGGGGUCGAAGAGACUCAACCACGAACCACGACACCUCACUCGUUUAAAGAUACGGUCGGUAUAUGACAGCGUUUCUUUCGUCAACAAAAGCAACAUACGGCGGUAAUCCUGUUUUGAAAGCGUUCUGUCAACGACUUUACUUACGCACUCACGAUGAACUAUAGCCAUGAUACCAUGGAGGUACGCUCUGCCGUUUACGCUUGCUACCACAUUUGAUGAGCACCAGUCAUGCGCGCGCAUCACUUAUCAUGUUCAUGUUGUUAUUGCUGUUCUGGGGCUGUUUGUGCCC